AGCUGCGGCAAUGAAGUUACCUAAUUUAAGUAUUUUUGUUUGUAACCUUAUCAACUAAUUUCCAGUCUUACACCGGUUAUCUACCGAUUCACACGUAUUCAAGUGUCAAUAUGACAGCAGUAAAUAAAGGUAUAUUCAUUGUUGCGGCAAAACGCACGCCUUUUGGUAAGUAUGGUGGGGCUCUUCGGAAUACACAUCCGGCUGAUCUUUUUGCUGUAGCCGCCAAAGAAGCAUUCAAAGCUGGCAGUGUCAACCCCACUGCUAUAGACACUGUUAACGUUGGACAAGUAAACACAAUAAGUGGAUCCGGAGAUGGGGCUCUAGCUGCGAGACAUGGAGCCUUGAAGGCAGGUAUUCCACAGGAAAAACCAGCUUUGGGAGUCAACAGAUUGUGUGGAUCCGGAUUUCAAGCAAUUAUCAACAGUGCUCAGGACAUAUUAACAGGAGCAGCAAACAUAUCCCUUGCUGGAGGUACUGAAAGUAUGUCAACGGUCCCUUUUGUCGUACGAAAUGUUCGCUUUGGGCUACCUUUGGGCGUCAACACACCAUUUGAAGAUGCUCUAACCUCAUCUUCUCUGGAUUCAUUCUGCAAGUUCACAAUGCCACAGACAGCUGAGAAUCUUGCGGAAAAGUAUGGUCUUCAAAGAGGAGAGGUUGAUGAGUUCGCGUUGCAAUCCCAGAAGAAGUGGAAGGCUGCAUAUGAUAGCGGAGUUUUCAAAGCCGAAACCGCUCCUGUACCAAUUAAAGUGAAAAAGCAAGAAGUAUUAAUAGAGAAGGAUGAGCAUCCGAGACCAGAAACAACCGCAGAAGGUUUACACAAGUUGCCAGUGUUGUUCAGGAAAGGUGGUGUUGUUACGGCUGGAAAUUCUUCGGGGAUCAAUGAUGGAGCAGGUGCUCUUAUUUUGUCCAACGAGGACGGUCUAAAACAAAAUAACUUAAAGCCACUCGCAAGGCUUUUGGGGUGGUCAUUCGUAGGAGUCGAGCCAGGAAUAAUGGGUAUCGGCCCAGUACCUGCUAUACAAAAGUUACUCGCUGCUACCCAGCUGACAUUGGAUGACAUCGACUUAGUUGAGAUCAAUGAAGCGUUCGCUGCACAAACUUUGGCCUGUGUGGCAGAGCUGAAGCUGGACCAGAGUAAAUUAAAUGUGAAUGGUGGAGCCAUAGCUAUGGGACAUCCAGUAGGUGCUUCUGGCGCCAGAAUUACGGCACAUCUAGUACAUGAACUGAGACGCCGUGGUCUUAAACGAGGCAUUGGAUCAGCGUGCAUCGGUGGCGGACAAGGCAUUGCCUUACUUGUGGAAAUUGUAUAAAAAUAAAAACUAUCUAAACACUAGAACUGUGUAUACUAUGUGUACCAAUCAAUUGUUUUUUUACUUCGAUGUACUGUAAUGACGAAUUUAUUGUUUAUUUAUUUACUCUUAUACAAAAAAAUACACAUAAAAAAGCAGGUAACAUAAGUUAUAAGGCAACGGGCAACCUUAUCGCUAACAAGCGAUUUCUUCCAGGCAACCUUGUUUUUGAGUUAAUGUCAAUGUUAUGUUGCACAAAAAGAGAAAUGGUUAUUUAGAGGCGCUAGUGGGUGCUAGUCAUGGUAGUUAUUGAUCUUAUAUGUAUAUUAGGAGUCAAGUCGAUAUUAUAACGUUAGUCACAUUUGAAAUAUACGAAAAAAUCAAUUUUCACUUGCAUUGUCGCUUAUUGAAUCAUUUUUUAAUAGAUAUAUUUUUAUACUUUGUCGACUUGAAUACAGCCUUUAUAAUGCAAGUGAUGGUUUUAAUAUGUAGACAAUAUUUUACUUUUUAUAAAUUUUGAAUAAAUUUGUCUAUUUUUU